AUGGCUGCUACCAAGCCCGUCCGCUCCCCGAGCCCAAGGCUCGAGAAGCACGCCAAUGGCAAGACCCCCGUGAGGCGUGAAAAGAGCUAUAAAUCAGAUGGCGUCGAUGACAAUGACGUCUUCCUCCUGCCUGUCUCCGACUAUCAGAUCAUGAUCCUUCUGACCGUUCUCGCUGCGGCCGUUCGCCUGUUCAGAAUCUACCAGCCCACCAGCGUCGUCUUUGACGAGGUCCACUUUGGUGGCUUCGCUUCGAAAUACAUCAAGGGCAAAUUCUUCAUGGAUGUCCACCCUCCGUUGGCUAAGAUGCUUAUUGCGCUGACCGGCUGGUUGGCGGGCUUCAACGGCGAUUUCGACUUCAAGGAGAUCGGCAAGGACUACCUCGAGCCUGGCGUCCCGUAUGUCGCCAUGCGCAUGUUCCCUGCCGUCUGCGGAAUCCUUCUUGCUCCCCUCAUGUUUCUGACCCUGAAGACCACCGGGUGUCGCACAACCACUGCCAUCCUGGGCUCCGGUCUGAUCAUUUUCGAAAACGGUCUCCUCACCCAGGCCCGCCUGAUCCUGCUUGACUCCCCACUGAUGGUCGCGACCGCUUUCACCGCCCUCGCCUUCCAAUCAUUCACGAAUCAACACGAACAGGGCCCUGAGAAGGCCUUUCAGUUGAGCUGGUGGUUCUGGCUUGCUAUGACGGGCCUCGGUCUCGGCGUUACUUUCAGUAUCAAGUGGGUGGGUCUCUUCACCAUCGCCUGGGUCGGAAGCUUGACCUUGGUCCAGCUCUGGGUGCUUCUCGGAGACACGAAGAACGUCACGCCGCGCAUUUGGGCCAAGCACUUCAUGUCUCGCGCCUUCUGCUUGAUCAUUAUCCCUUGGGGUUUUUACAUGGCCAUGUUCGCCAUCCACUUCCUUUGCCUCGUAAACCCUGGCGACGGCGAUGGUUUCAUGAGCUCCGAAUUCCAGUCCACUCUCAACUCCAAGGGCAUGCAGGAUGUCGCGGCCGAUGUCGCCUUUGGCAGCCGCGUCAGUAUCAGACACGUCAAUACUCAGGGUGGCUACCUGCACUCUCACCCCCUGAUGUACCCUACCGGUAGCAAGCAGCAGCAGAUCACUCUGUACCCCCACAAGGACGAGAACAACGUGUGGCUGCUCGAGAACCAGACCCAGCCCCUCGGUGUCAACGGCGAGCAGAUCAACGGAACCCUGGCCUGGGACAAUCUGCCGCAGCCAGUUCACAUUAAGGACGGCGAUGUCAUCCGCUUGUACCAUCUGCCCACCUUCCGUCGUCUCCAUUCCCACGAUGUCCGCCCUCCUGUUACGGAGGCCGACUGGCAGAACGAGGUUUCGGCCUACGGUUACGAAGGCUUCGAGGGCGAUGCCAACGACUUGUUCAAGAUUGAGAUUGUCAAGAAGCAGUCUCUUACCCCAGCAUCCAAGGAACGUGUUCGCACCAUCGAAACCAAGUUCAGACUCGUCCACAUCAUGACUGGAUGUGUCCUCUUCUCGCACAAGGUGAAGCUUCCUGAUUGGGCGUCUGAGCAGCAGGAAGUCACUUGCGCCAGAGGGGGUACCCUUCCCAACAGCCUUUGGUAUGUCGAGUACAACGAGCACCCUCAAUUGGUUGGCGACAACGUUGAGAAGGUUAACUACCGCCACCCGGGCUUCUUCGGCAAGUUCUGGGAGCUGCAGAAGGUCAUGUGGAAGACCAAUGCUGGCUUGGUUGAAUCCCACGCAUGGGAUUCUCGUCCUCCCUCUUGGCCAGUACUCAAACGCGGUAUCAACUUUUGGGGCAGAGACCAUCGUCAGAUCUACCUGAUGGGCAACCCAAUCGUCUGGUGGAGCUCUACUUUGGCCAUCGUUGUCUACGUCCUUUUCAAGGGUGUCGCAACUCUGCGUUGGCAACGCAGCUGCAACGAUUACAGCAACGUCACCUUCAAGCGUUUCGAUUACGAGGUCGGCACCGCAGUACUUGGCUGGGCCUUCCACUACUUCCCAUUCUACUUGAUGGAACGUCAGCUUUUCCUUCACCACUAUUUCCCGGCCCUCUACUUCGGCGUCAUGGCCUUGUGCUCCGUCUUCGACUUCGCCACCGCUCGCGUUUCUUUUGCCGGCAUUCGCAACAACCCAAUUAUUAACCGCGCCAGCGCUGUCGCUUUCCUAGCCUUCACAAUCACGGUGUUCAUGCUCUUCUCCCCCUUGGCCUACGGCAACCCCUGGACCAAGGCCGAGUGUAACAGGGUCAAGUUGUUCAGCUCGUGGGAUUUUGACUGCAAUACCUUCUACGAUAACUACUCUCAGUAUACUGAACUGCUCACCCGCACCUCCGCCGCUGCGGCUCCAACCCCCGCCAAGUCCGAGGCUCCAGCUGCUCCGGCCGGCGGCCAAGUUGGCCAAAUUCCAGUUGGCGAGGCCCCACAAGAAGAGCAACCAGCAGCAGCCGAGAUGUCGGAAGCCCCGGCCCAAAAGGUUCUCUCUCGCGAGGAGCGCGUGGAGUACCGGGACCAGGACGGCAACCUGCUCGACGAGGAGCAGGUCAAGGCUUUGGAGGGCAAGGUCGAAUUCAAGACAAAGUACGAGACGCGGACGCGCGUCGUCGACGCAAGUGGGAACGAAGUGCAGAUGCCCGAAGGCGGAUGGCCGCAAGAGCUUGGUCAAGAACAAGGGGACAGCGUCGCCCCGCCUCACCCGGAUGUUCAGGGUGUCGAUCAGGAGACCAAGUCCAAGUCUACAGAAAAGGCAGAGGACUCAGUCGUUCCCCCGGCUGCCGAGAGCGUCAAGGGUGCCAAGGAGGCUGAGCAAAAGAAGGCCAAGCCUGCUAGCGAGGGCGGCAAGGAGGCCACCGCCCAGGAGGAGCUUUGA